CUGAGAUUCAGAGUGUACAUUUCGGUUCGUCAAAACGCCAAAUUUCUAUUCACACCGGUGUCGCCUAUUUCAAAUCCAAGCAUAUAUCUUUCGCAACCGUAUCGGACGAUUUGAAACACUCCCCUCCUGGAAUAUGGGCACAUCUCGAUCCUAUCCUCUUGCACAUCCGGCGGACCACUCCUAACAUUGAUAAAAUCCAUUUCGUCUCCGAUGGGCCUACCACACAAUACAGGUGUAAAUCAAAUUUCUACCUCUUUUCUACGAAAAUUUUCGAGUAUGGCUUUGUAAAUGGCGGAAGUUGGAAUUUUAUGGAGGCAGGACACGGCAAGGGCGCCCCUGAUGGUAUUGGAGCCGUAGUCAAGCGUGAGGGCGGACACACUCGUCAACACCCAUGAGACGGACAUAAUGGGUGCUAGUGCUUUAAUGAGAGGUCUGGAGAAACUAGGAUGCCGUUUGAUGAUCUUCGAAGUGAAAAGCGAUGACAUCACGCAACAGGAAGCUGAUAUUCCAACAAAGAUUACCGGCGUUCCAGAGACGAUGAAACUCCAUCAGGUUGUUGUCAAAGAAAGCGGGACAGUUCAGUCAAGAAUCCUGAGUUGUUUCUGUUCACCGGAUUGUUCAUGUUACCAACCGGUUACAACCAAUUUCAAUGUCCAGCCGUUUGCAAAUCCCGUACCGAUGGAUGACGACAGCAUCGUAGGUCCACAAAACGGGGCUGAUCUUCCUUGUCAGAUUCUCAAUGUACCAGUCAGUAUUGACGAGAGUCUAGUUGACAGCUAUUGUUUGGUCGAGUAUGAUAAUAAACCAUAUCCAGGAAAGAUUACCGAAGUAGACGAUAUCAGUGUGAAAGUUAGUGCAAUGCAUUGUGUCGGUAUCAAUUGAUAUUUCUGGCCUUUACAUAAGGACGAAUGCUGGUACGAAAAAGAUCGUAUCAUUACCAUGUUACCCUGUGAACCAGAGAAGUUGAGUGGCCGUCACCAGGCCCUACCUCUACCAAUAUGGGAGGCAGUGAAAGACAAAUAUGAUCUUUAAACAUUAUCCUUUGAAACGGAACUGUUUUUCGGGUUGUAUUUUUGUGUUGCAUGUAUGUAAAAAUCGGGAUUAACAAUCAUUUAAUUCAUAUUCUGUUACGACUAUUGUGUCGAGUAUU